ACCCCAUCGCCCCUCUCCGCCGCCGUCAACGCCUCCUCCCCACCGUCGUCCCGGGGCGGUUUGACCGAUCCUUUCUUCGUGGUGGAAACCAUCUGCAUCUGUUGGUUCUCCUUGGAGCUCCUGGUCCGUCUUUUAGCCAGUCCCAGCAAAACCGCCUUCUUCCGCAACGCCAUGAACCUCAUCGAUCUGGUGGCCAUCGCCCCUUAUUUCGUGGCCUUGGGGACGGAGUUGGCCCGGCAAGGCGGCGUCGGCCAACCCGCCAUGUCUUUGGCCAUCUUACGGGUCAUCCGCUUGGUGCGGGUCUUCCGGGUCUUCAAGUUAUCCCGUCACUCCACGGGGCUGCAGAUUUUAGGGCAGACCCUCCGGGCCAGCAUGAGGGAGUUGGGGCUCCUCAUCUUCUUCCUCCUCAUCGGCGUCGUCCUCUUCUCCAGCGCCGUCUACUUCGCCGAGGCCGAAGACGCCGCCACCUCCUUCACCUCCAUCCCCCAGGCUUUUUGGUGGGCGGUGGUCACCAUGACCACGGUGGGCUACGGGGACAUGGCCCCCGUCACCGUCGGGGGGAAACUGGUGGGGUCCCUCUGCGCCAUCGCGGGGGUCCUCACCAUCUCCCUCCCCGUCCCCGUCAUCGUCUCCAACUUCAGCUACUUCUACCGGCGGGAGCUGAGGGGGGAG